UAUGUAAUCCAACAAAACAACUCAUCUCUCUCAUCGACAAUAACAAUUGCAGUGAUCCUUUCUUGACCAGUUGCCAUUGUUUCUUCCUCUCUUCUCCCCUAAUAUAUACCAAAUCAAAUGUCGCCUUCUUUCUCCCCGAACAAAUCCAAACUACCAGCUCAAUCUUCACCCUUACUCCCGCACCUGAUUCCUUCCUCCUCCUACAUUUCUCCCUGUUUUCAUCGCUGAUUUUUUCAUUUUCUUUUUUUCUUUCUCCAGAGAGAGAGUGUGUGUUUAUGUGUUUCUGAAGAAGAAGAAGAGAGAUGGGGAUAACAUUAGUUGGUCAGCAAAAUUUCAGCAAAUCACAUGGACGGAUUAGAUAGUAGGGUUGAGGAGGUUGAGUUGUAAAGAAAGAGAUGGAAGGGGAAUCAUCAGGCUUAAUUAUCGGGUUAUCGAUUGGAGUGGUGAUCGGAGUGGCUUUGGCUGUAACAGCAUUUUUUUGCUUCAAGUAUCAUAGGAAGAAUUCCCAAAUAGGGAAUAGCAGCUCUAGGAGGAAUGCAACGAUCCCUAUACGUACAAAUGGGGUUGAUUCUUGUGCAACAGAUUCAUCGCUUGGCACUGAAUCGCCCAAGUCCGUGAUGCCGAGUAGUAUGCCCUUGUGGCUUAGGGGGCUUAAGAAGGUGAAUUUAGUCACUGCAACAGGCAUACUGGAGUAUUCCUACAAGGACCUGCAAAAAGCAACAUACAAUUUUACAACUUUAAUUGGUAAAGGGGCUUAUGGUCCAGUUUAUAAAGCUCAGAUGUCUGCUGAAGAGACUGUUGCUGUUAAAGUGUUGGCCACUGAUUCAAAGCAGGGUGAGAAAGAGUUCCAUACAGAGGUUAUGCUAUUAGGAAGGUUACAUCACAGGAACCUUGUGAAUUUGGUUGGGUAUUGUGCAGAGAAAAACCAACAUAUGCUUAUUUACGUAUAUAUGAGCAGAGGAAGUUUGGCUUCGCAUUUGUACAAUGAGAUACUUCAGCCUUUGAGUUGGGAAUUAAGAGUUCAAAUAGCCCUCGAUGUGGCUAGGGGCUUGGAAUAUCUUCAUGACGGGGCAGUUCCAUCUGUGAUACAUCGUGACAUCAAAUCCUCAAAUAUUUUGUUGGAUCAUUCCAUGAGAGCCAGGGUGGCAGACUUUGGACUUUCAAGAGAAGAGAUGGUUAACAAGAAAGUCUCUAAUAUUCAAGGGACUUUUGGGUAUCUCGAUCCUGAAUACAUAUCAACCCGGUCAUUUACAAAAAAAAGUGAUGUUUACAGCUAUGGGGUGUUGCUUUUUGAACUUGUUGCGGCAAGAAAUCCCCUCCAGGGUCUUAUGGAGUAUGUUGAGCUGGCAGCCAUGAACACCGAUGGAAAAGUUGGAUGGGAGGAACUUGCUGAUCCUCGUCUAGAUGGGAGAGUUGAUGUGGAAGAACUCAAUGAAGUGGCUGCCCUCGCACACAAAUGUGUGAACCCUACAGCUAAAAAGAGACCAAGCAUGAGGGACAUAGUUCAGGAGCUCUCAAAGAUUCAUAAAUCCAGGCAUGUUAGGCGGAAGCAGAAAGAAUCCAGGACUCCUAGGGCAGAUUCUGUCAUUGUCAACAUGGAACAAUUAGAUCGUCGCAGCCCAACUUCUCAACACCAAAGAGUGGAAUCACUAGACAGCACGGCCGACUCCAUUGAUGUUUAAAGAGCAUGCUUUUCUUUUAUUCUUUUCUUCUUUCUAUCUUUUGAAUUUGGAUUUUGAUCACACCACAAUCCUUAGCUUUUGCUCAAACAGCGCCCAGCUGCUUCAGAUAGGCCUUCGGAUAUUUUUUCAUUUUGCUUUGUGUAUAUAGUAACUUCUCCAGAUUGACCUUUUUUUUUUUUCUUUCAUCGCUCUAGUUUUGUAUAUCUCCACAGGAAUUUUUGAUCUAAUGAUUAUGAAAGCAAUCCAUGUUGUACAUA